CCAAAUUCGUGUUUCUCCGAAGAAAAUAAACCCCUUCCUCUACUAUACCAGGCUUUCAGACGACAGCUCUCUAGUAAUCCAGACCACCGCACUCCACAAUGACCGUGAUUCCCAGCGACUCCCUCAUCCCCAACCCCGCGCACAUACAAGCCGAAACUAUGCUUGCCCGGCAGUUCGGACGAGAGACCGUCAAUUACUUCUCCAGCUCCCCGCUCAACCGCCUCUCCUUCCUCCGCUCCGACCAUCCCUUCCUCUCCGCCGCGCUGAAGCACCCCUCCACCCGUUUCGUCAUCCUCAAAGACCUCGCCCCUCUCACCAAAGCCCCCGCGGAACCCUAUUACGCACGCUACGACGAGAUCCGCAAACUCGUCCCCGACACCAUCUACGACAAAUCCGAGGAGGAGAUCCUCAAGGAGUACGACUCGCGCAAGACCAGCGCGGCGCCCAUCUUCUUGGGGCUGGACGAGUCGCGCGAACGGGAUGGGGCGGCGGUUGCCACGCCCCUGACGUGGAAGAUCUACGCCGGCACACCGUACUUCGCACUGGAUGUGACGCCGCGCGGGUCGGAGGAGCAACAAGCGCAGUCGAAGGCGGUGAUUGAGGAGUUCGAGGCGCGGGGGUUGAGUUUCUUGCAGGCGCGGGUUGUGAUGAGCUUUCCUGCUAAUGAGGCUGCUAUCUACGCGCAAGCUCGCGCUCUGAUCGACUGGAACACACGCAACACGUUCUGCGGGACGUGCGGUCAUCGCACGAUCAGCGUGCACUCAGGGACGAAGCGGGCGUGUCCGCCGACGGACCUGGCGCGGGUGGCGGAGGGCCAGCCGGCGGAGCGGCCGGCGUGCAACACGCGCACGACGAUCUCGAACCUCUCGUUCCCGCGGACGGACCCGACAAUCAUCGUGGCGGUGAUCUCGGCGGACGCGCGCCGCAUCCUGCUGGGCCGGUCCAAGCGGUUCCCGCCCAACUGGUACUCGACGCUGGCCGGGUUCAUCGAGCCCGCCGAGUCGGUCGAGGACGCCGUACGCCGCGAGGUCUGGGAGGAGGCCGGCGUCACGCUGUCGCGCGUUGUCAUCCAUUCGUCCCAACCCUGGCCCUACCCGGCCAAUCUGAUGAUCGGCGCCAUCGCCCAGGUCAGCGACCCGGACCACGAGACGAUCAACCUCGAGCAUGACCCCGAGCUGGAGGAUGCCAAGUGGUUCGACGUCGCGGAGGUCGAGGAGGCGCUCCGCUCUGGCGUCAGUGCGCUCGGCGACAAGCCCGGCGCCGACUAUAAGGAGGGCGCUCUGAGACUGCCCCCGCCCACUGCCAUCGCUAACCAACUCAUUCAAGCGGCGAUCAGUAUAGACUUCCUCUCUGGGGAGAAGAACUCGAAGAUGUAG